AUGGCAGCCACCGAUGAAGAAGAACUGGUUGCGUCUGCGGUUGUCUAUCCCGGCAGCACGGAAGAGGUCCAGAAAAUUGUUCACUGGGCGAACAAGCAUGUCAUCCCCCUGCAUCCCAUUUCCAUGGGCCGGAACUUUGGCUACGGCGGGGCCGCACCGUGGGUUCGUGGAGCUGUCGUGGUUGACCUUGGAAAGCGCAUGAAUCGGAUUCUCGAUAUCAACCCAGAGGACUGCACCUGCUUGGUCGAACCCGGUGUUUCCUACUACGCACUGUACGAGGAGAUCCAGCGACGCGGCUACAAGCACCUCUGGAUUGACGUUCCUGAUCUGGGAGGUGGCUCCGUGCUGGGAAACGCGCUGGACCACGGCGUUGGUUAUACCCCGUACGGGGACCAUUGGGCCAUGCAUUCGGGCCUGGAAGUUGUCACACCCACCGGCGAGGUGGUUCGGACUGGGAUGGGAGCCUUGCCGGGGAAUAAUACCUGGCAGGUGUUUCCGUAUGGCUUUGGCCCUGUUAUCGAGCACGUUUGGCCGCGAGAUUCCGACAUUCUGUUGAAUAUGGGUUGUUCUGAUGUCUCCUCAAGUGGGAAGAAGCGGAUUUGGAGCAGCUGGUGGAGAUCGAUCGUCCGGCCUCUGCGAAUCGCCAUAAUUCUCGAUAAUGCGGCCAACAUCCGGCAUGCUCUGCAGGUCCUGGCGCUGUCUGGGGCACCCCGAACGGCGUUCUACCAAGGCGAGGGACCCUUUCCUCCAGAGAAAAUGUCCGAGUAUCUCCGAGACCAUCCCUAUGGCGACUGCACCUGGUUAUAUUUUGGUACCUGCUACGGCCCGAGCGAAGUCCGCAAAUGGAAGCUCGAGCCCAUCCACCGCGAGUUCAUGAAGGUCCCUGUCGCCCGGCGGAUCGACCCGGCGACCCUCCCACCCAGCGACUACUUCUGGUCUCGCGACCGGACGUCCAGCGGCGAGCCGGACCUCGAAGAGCUUGCGUGGGUCAACUGGUGGCCGAAUGGGGGCCAUAUCGCGUUCAGUCCGGUGGCCCCGACCCGCGGCGCCGAUGCGUUGCGGCUGUGGCAACUGGCCAAGAAACACUGGGCCGCCUCGGGGCUGGAUUUUUUUCCCUCGACUUUGUGGUUGGGCUUCGCGAACUGCAUCUGA